CGAAACACGACCCUCGACAGCUGAAACUUACAACGCCAGGACAGCCCCGACACCAGCGUCUUGACGAUGUUUGGUAGUCCUUCUCGCAUGCUCACCGUGACGCGAUUAGCCCAGCGCCACACCUCCGUUGCGCAUUGAACGAAUGAUGGUGCCCAUUAGCUCCGUGCCCCUGGCGGCACUCCCUAUAGUAUCAGCGUCUGAAGCCUGCGAAGUUAACUACAGUGGCGAAACGGUUUGGCGUCUGAGGGUGAUGAAGAAACGACGAAACAUUGCAAUGCUUUUGCAAAAUCAAUAUAGGCGUUCAUGCUCGCUAGCACUUACUUUCUUUACUUGACCGUCGUCAUUCCAACUUUCUCACGCAAGCAUACAGUAAGAUGGCGACUUUUCUCAACUCUCCAAACACACCUAAACCCGCACACACAUUCUACCAUGAUGACAGCGCAUCUCGAAGCCACAAGGCAAACCUGUCUGGCGCAACCAUGCUGGACCUGUUGAGUGGUCCGGAAGGAUCCAUCGCCGCAGCCUAUGAGUCCUCGAGCGUGCACCAGCGUUCUUCCAGGUCAAGGCGGCCUUCCCAAACGUCUAUUACCAAGUCUCAAUUGCACCAGACGAACCGCACUCUGAUCGAGAUCAUUCACAAUGUCCAGGCCGAGCUAGCGACACAGAGAGAGGCUAUGCUUGACAUGCAAACACGAAUUCUUCAGCUUGAAAGCACCUCACAGAUAUACAACCAGGACCUUGCCCCGCGUCAUACAAUCGCCGGACACCGCAAGCGGUCUCAGAUCAGGAGUGCAGAGGGUGCUACGCGCGAAACGCAGGGACGAUGGGACGCAUACCAGAAAGAUGUGGACAUGCUUGGCCCUCCUCUUAUCGCAAACGAGUUUUGGAAGUCACCUAGCCGUUUCUCUGGCUUCAACUUCAACUUCGAUCUACUUGAGACGAUACCGAAGUCUCUAUAUCCAUCUCCUCCAGACGUAGAUGACGUCCCCAGUCUUUCUCCAGAUGAGCAGCCAGAAACAUACACGCCAGGGCUUCGCCGGAUUCCCACUAGAAUCACCCGAAUCAGGACAGCGGAUCCUACUACCAUGUAUCACGAUGCAGUAAGCGACAUUAGGGAACACGUUGUCGAGUUUGACAAAAUCAAGAUACCCACCGCUCCUAAGCUUCAAACGCCACCACGAAGCGCACGCAGCAAGUUGACAUCGAUGAACAGCCAGGAUGACGAGAUCACAGCGUUGCCACGGAUUCCCUUCCAGUCCACCGCAACAGUACAGAGCUCGCAUCGUAGCUUGAUGGGUAUCAAGAGCUUGCUUCUGUACAGAACUUCCUCGAGGAGUCAAAAAUCUGACUACCCUCCAUCGGAUCAUCGACGUUCCGGCUCUUCCUUACGCUGCUGAGUGCCAAGAUGGUAUCUUUGCGCAAAGUUACGUUGGUAUUGGUAGCAAGAGAGCUGGCGAAGAAGGUCAAUAUGAAUUAGGGUCGAAAGGGAAUCGUUCGCGACAGACGUGUAAAUGUUAUGAGGAAUAUAUGUACGGUGUGUCGCCACCGCCGUUGGUCUGGCCCACAGCUUCCAACGCUUUCUUACAAGUUGAAUGCACCACUUCGGAAAUAGUCCAGAUCAAUGCAAACGAUAGAUCACCUAGAUACACUCUCUC